GGGGUAUUUCCGUCUCAUCAAGUAAGGCGGCUAUCGCAGCCGCCCGUACAUUCUAAACGGUAACACAGAUCUCCAUCUCCUCUUCAUUAUUUGCUAUUUUCCCCUCUCUAGUCGUUUCUGAACCGGACCGAGCCGAGCCGAGCCGAGCCGGUAAUAUGGGAGUGCCAGCGUUUUACCGGUGGCUCGCGGACCGGUACCCGCUCUCGAUCGCCGAUGUCGUGGAGGAAGAGCCUGCCGCCGGCGACGCCGGUGUUAACGUGUCUAAACCUAAUCCUAAUGGCAUGGAGUUCGACAACUUGUACUUGGACAUGAAUGGUAUCAUUCACCCCUGUUUUCACCCCGAUGGCAAGCCAGCACCUGCUACCUAUGAGGAUGUAUUCAAAUCAAUCUUCGACUACAUUGACCAUCUCUAUUCGUUGGUUCGCCCAAGGAAGCUUCUUUUUCUUGCAAUUGAUGGUGUUGCACCAAGAGCCAAAAUGAAUCAGCAACGCUCACGGCGUUUCCGAGCUGCUAAAGAUGCAGCGGAGGCUGAAGCUGAAGAGGAGAGACUCAGGAAAGAAUUUGAGGGUGUAAUGGAACUCUUGCCUUCUAAAGACAAGCCUGAGACUUAUGACUCAAAUGUCAUUACCCCUGGCACUCAAUUUAUGGCAGUGCUGUCCGUGGCUCUUCAGUAUUAUAUACAGACUAGAUUGAACUACAAUCCUGGUUGGCGGAAUACAAAGGUUAUACUUUCUGAUUCAAAUGUUCCCGGUGAGGGUGAACAUAAAAUAAUGGAAUACAUACGAUUGCAACGUAACCUUCCUGGGUUUAAUCCAAAUACUCGACACUGCUUGUAUGGAUUGGAUGCUGAUUUGAUUAUGCUAUCCUUAGCCACACAUGAGGUUCAUUUUUCAAUAUUGAGGGAGGUAAUCACUUUUCCUGGACAGCAGGAGAAGUGUUAUCAGUGUGGCCAAGUUGGCCAUCUUGCAGCUGAAUGUCGUGGAAAGCCAGGUGAUAAAGCUGAAGACUGGAAUCCUGAUGAUGAUACCCCUAUUCACAAGAAGAAAUAUCAGUUUCUUAACAUCUGGGUGCUGCGGGAAUAUUUGCAAUAUGAAUUGGAGAUUCCCAACCCUCCUUUUGAGAUUGACUUCGAACGCAUAGUGGAUGAUUUUGUAUUUCUAUGCUUCUUUGUUGGCAAUGACUUUCUUCCACAUAUGCCAACAUUAGAGAUCCGGGAGGGGGCUAUAAAUUUAUUGAUGCAUAUUUAUAGAAAGGAAUUCACUGCCAUGGGUGGUUAUCUUACUGAUGCGGGUGAGGUUUCCUUGGACGGAGUGGAACAUUUUAUUCAAUCUGUUGCAGUAUAUGAAGAUCAAAUAUUUCAGAAACGAGUUCGCAUUCAGCAGGCUACUGAAAUUAAUGAAGAAAUGAAAGCUAGGGCAAGAGGAGAGAUGCCUGAAGAACCACGGCCGUCAGUUGUGGAUAAGGUUAAGUUAGGAGAGCCUGGAUACAAGGAGAGGUAUUAUGCUGAAAAAUUUGGUGCAUUGGAUCUGGAGGAGAUUGACAAAAUCAAGAAAGAUACAGUCCAGAAAUAUGUGGAAGGCCUUGUUUGGGUUUGCCGGUAUUACUAUCAGGGUGUCUGCUCAUGGCAAUGGUACUACCCAUAUCAUUAUGCUCCUUUUGCUUCUGAUCUUAAAGAUCUAGCCGAUCUAGAAAUAACUUUUUUUUUGGGAGAAGCAUUUAAACCAUUUGAUCAACUCAUGGGGACCCUACCCGCUUCAAGUUCAGGUGCUCUUCCUGAAAAAUAUAGGGAUUUGAUGAUUGAUCCUUCAUCACCUAUUUUUCAAUUCUAUCCUGCUGAUUUUGAGAUUGAUAUGAAUGGAAAACGAUUUGCAUGGCAGGGUGUUGCCAAGUUGCCAUUCAUUGAUGAGAAGAAAUUGCUUGCUGCGACAAGGAAGCUGGAAGGCACAUUAACGGAGGAGGAACAGCUCCGAAAUAGUGAGAUGCUCAAUUUGCUUUAUGUCAAUCGUGGGCAUAAAUUGGCUCCACAUAUCUUGUCAUAUUACCAAUAUUCUUCCGAAGUGCCCAUGCAUAAAAGACUUCCUCUUAUAAUUGACCCAAGUACUAGCGAUGGUAUGAAUGGAUAUCUUUGGUUAUAUGAAAGAAAUGUGCUCAGAACCGUUGUAUCCUCUCCCAUCAAGGGAUUGCAAGACAUCGAGUAUAAUCAAGUUUUAAAUAUUGCUUAUCUUAAUCCUCUUAAACAUAGACAUAUCCCAAAACCUCCGGAUGGUGUAGUAAUGCCCAAAAAGAUAUUAAAAGCCAUUGAUAUUAAACCUUUUCCCGUGUUAUGGCAUGAAGACAAUGGUGGUAGGCGGCAACACAGCAGAGAAAGACCACAAGUACCUGGAGCAAUAGCUGGCCCUCAACUGGGAGAAGCAGCACAUCGUCUUGUCAAGAGCUCCCUUAAUAUUAAAUUGAAUAAUACACCAUAUGGAUCGCCAGAGCAGCUUCCAGGCCAUCAUGCCAAUAGGCUCAGAUCAGCUGGACCCUCUGGAUCUGGAAAAUAUUUUGGCGAGGACACAAAUAGUUAUGGUCAAUAUUACAAUCACCAGGGCAUAAUAACUAGGCCCAGAUAUCCGAUCUCAUCUAAUGGUGGACAAGACAGACAGAAUUUAAGGAUACAAGAUAGGUCGCAGCACCAUGAACAGUACCACAAUGGGAAAACUGGGUUUUAUACUUUGACAAUGGAGGAAGGUGCGAGACCUAGGUCAUAUGCAGUGCCUUCGCCAAGGACACCUGCAGUGAUGUUAUCAAGGCCUCCUAAUUCAGGGCCUGUAACCAAUCUACAUAACCAAUUUGUGCAGAACUUGGGUCCUCCUAUACCACCUCCAAAGUGGAUUACUAAAGCACCAGAUACAAAUGGAAUAUAUGCUAGGCAUCAAGAAGCUGCAUUGGGGGGAGCCUAUGAUAAGCACAUGAAGAAGGUGUACCAAGUUAAAACUCGUCAACCCCAAGAUAUGCCAGAGUAUGAGAAUCAAUAGUUUUUGUUUUGGAUUUUAUUUGCCUUGUGAGCGAAGCGCUCUUCCUUCUCUCAGCCUGUUCCUCAAAUUGGAGCUCAUCCAAGUUCAGUAAUGGAGUUUGAGGGGGCAAUUAUUUGAUACCGUGAUGCAUUAGGCAGACAAAUGCUUGUCAAAGCUUUCGAUAACAGUAAUCUGCAGUGAAGGUGCUACCGAGAAUUGUGUUCUGCCUUCACUGGCACGGGCACUUCCUUGAUAGUUUUCUUGGCUAUACCAAUUGGAAAGGUGGGAGAGCUAUAUUAGAUUCAAAAUAUUCUUGCUUAUACUAAUGAAGUUGGUCGAGGCCGAUAGAGGAUAUCAAUCUAAGUAUUGUAAAAACUUGUAAUUGCUGAUUUGCUGUACGCGGCAUGAGUAGGGCAGCAUGUAUAAAAUUCCGCUGCGCUCAAUUGCACUUCUAUGAUCUUUGUACCAUAUUUGACUUGGAUAGACAAUCGCAAAUUUGAGGGGAAAAAAAAGACAAGUUUUUUUUUUUUUUCGUUUUUGGUCCAAACUAAACCUGAAUGUAUUUGUUUCUCAUUUAAAUUUGUCGUUUCUCUUAUUUUAAUUAAAUGUGUGUAACCCUUCAAAAUUUGGAAGAGUAAAUUUGCCUCACUAUGUUGUUUUGAC